GGUGGCCGCCAGCGGGUUGCGGGAUUCCCUUGAGCAUACUGGACUCUCCAGCCAGAUGUGCGACCCCCACCCCUCUGGCUUUGGGCUCCAGCCGCGGCGUUUCACAGUCGCAGAUGGCGGCCUCUGAGGUAGCUGGCCUUGGGGCCAGUGCCCCCAGUCCUUCGGAACCCUCUGCUUUGUGUGCUUCUAAGACAGAGGAAGUUCUUCCAGAUGGCCUAAGUCUCAAAGACUCUGCUCAGAAACAGAAGAACUCAUCUCUGCCAAGUAACCAAAUGGUCACCAAGGAGAGUAAUAGAAAUGUUCAUUUGGAACACCCAGAGCAGACUUCCAGCUCAUCAGCAGGUGAUCCUACAGCAGCGCACCAGGAAGUUUUAGGAGAAACCUUGGUAGCCACAACCUUGUGUCUUUCUGGCAGCGGAUCUCAGUCUGAUUUGAAGGACUUGACCAACCCAGCAGGAGAGGAGGGGGACACGAGCCUCCGGGAGACCCUCCAACCAGUCACUCGGUCUGUUAAAGCAGGGUGCCAUUCAAAACAACUUGCCUCCAGGAAUUGCUCUGAAGAGAAAUCCCCAGCAGCCCCCACCUUGAAGGAAGGUGGCAGGGACACAGGCUUGGAUUUCCGGCCUGUAGUGCUUCCUGCAAAUGGGGUUGAAGGAGUCAGAGCAGAUCAGGAUGAUGAUCAGGAUGGCUCUUCCUUGAAGCUCUCUCAGAACAUUGCUGUGCAGACUGACUUUAAGACAGCAGAUUCAGAGGUAAACACAGACCAAGAUAUUGAAAAGAAUCUGGACAAAAUGAUGACAGAGAGAACUCUGUUAAAGGAGCGUUACCAAGAAGUUCUGGACAAGCAGAGGCAGGUGGAGAAUCAGCUCCAAGUGCAAUUAAAGCAGCUUCAGCAAAGGAGAGAAGAAGAAAUGAAGAAUCACCAGGAGAUACUGAAGGCUAUUCAGGAUGUGACCAUAAAGCGGGAAGAAACCAAGAAGAAGAUAGAGAAGGAAAAGAAGGAGUUCCUGCAGAAGGAGCAGGACCUGAAAGCUGAGAUUGAGAAGCUUUGCGAGAAGGGAAGAAGAGAAGUGUGGGAAAUGGAACUGGAUAGACUCAAGAACCAGGAUGGUGAAAUCAACCGGAACAUUAUGGAAGAGACAGAGCGGGCCUGGAAGGCAGAGAUCCUGUCACUAGAGAGCAGGAAGGAGUUGCUGGUGUUGAAACUGGAAGAAGCAGAGAAAGAAGCAGAGCUUCAUCUGACUUACCUCAAGUCAACUCCUCCAACACUGGACACAGUUCGUUCCAAACAAGAGUGGGAGACAAGACUGAAUGGAGUUCGGAUAAUGAAAAAGAAUGUUCGGGACCAGUUUAAUAGUCAUAUCCAGCUAGUAAGGAAUGGAGCCAAGCUGAGCAGCCUUCCUCAGAUCCCUACCCCCACUUUGCCUCCACCCCCCUCAGAGGCAGAUUUCAUGCUUCAAGUAUUUCAGCCCAGUCCCUCUCUGACCCCUCGGAUGCCCUUCUCUAUUGGGCAGGUCACAAUGCCUCUGGUUAUGCCCAGUGCAGAUCCUCGCUCGUUGUCUUUUCCAAUCUUGAACCCCGCCCUUUCCCAGUCUAAACAACCUUCCCCACCUCUUCCUGGCUCACAUGGGAGAAACAGCCCUGGCUUGGGUUCCUUGGUCAGCCCUCAUGGUCCACACAUGCCUCCUGCUGCCUCCAUCCCGCCUCCCCCAGGCUUGGGCGGUAUUAAGGCUUCUACUGAAACUCCCCGGCCCCAACCAGUAGACAAACUGGAGAAGAUCCUGGAGAAGCUGCUGACUCGGUUCCCACAGUGUAAUAAGGCCCAGAUGACCAACAUUCUUCAGCAAAUCAAGACAGCACGUACCACCAUGGCGGGCCUGACCAUGGAAGAAUUAAUCCAGCUGGUAGCUGCACGGCUGGCAGAGCAUGAACGGGUGGCAUCUAGCACUCAGCCACUUGGUCGGAUCCGGGCUUUGUACCCUGCUCCUCUGGCCCAAAUCAGUACCCCAAUGUUCUUGCCUUCUGCCCAAGUUUCAUACCCUGGAAGGUCUUCACAUGCUCCACCCACCUGUAAACUAUGUCUGAUGUGUCAGAAACUUGUCCAGCCCAGUGAGCUGCAUCCAAUGGCCUGCACCCACGCGCUGCACAAGGAGUGUAUCAAAUUCUGGGCCCAGACCAACACAAAUGACACUUGUCCCUUUUGCCCAACUCUUAAAUGAUGGACCUGACUGGGGAGGAAGAAGAGGAGAAACUGAUGUGAACAGGAAGCGUGGGUUCAAGAUUUCUAAAACUCUAUAUUUAUACAGUGACAUAUACUCAUGCCGUGUACAUUUUUAUUAUAUAGGUAAUGUGUGUAUAGAAAGUCUGUAUUCAAAUGUUCGUAAGGAAAGUAUGUAUAUAAUGCAGAAACUCCUUUCCCCCUCAUCUUGCAGUUUUUUUUGGGGGGGUGGGGUGGGAUGCAGAUUGUAGGGAAUGUGAUGUUUAAUUUGGCCUUGAAAUCAUGAUCUCUACAUAGAGCUGUUGUCUAAUCCAUCUAGGAAGCUGCUGUUGCUCUAAGGCUACCCUGCUUUGGUUUGGCUCAGCCUCUAGUCAUUUUUGUAAGGCUCAUGUAUGCAGAUUUGAAGCCUGGUGCUCACCUGCUGUCCAACCAGAUGCCUUGCAUUGCAGGGGCCUCUAGAAGCCUUGGUGUUGUUUUAGCCACUUUACUCCAAUGGAUAAAAUGAUACUGGUUGAGGGGGAAAAAUGUAACUGAUAGUUUGAUCUUUCAUUGAACAUUUUACUGUGUUAAUGCUCAUUAUUUAUACAUUGAUAUCAGGUAUACAGAAUAUUCUGUUUUAUGUCAGUAAAAUCCACAGUCCAAGAACAACAUAAUCAGGUCCCAUUUCUCCCACCAUCUUCUGUCUGUUCUAUUCCAUGGAUAGAAAAGCACAAUUCACAGAUUUUUUUUUUCCCCUGCCAAGCCACCAUCCCUUGUUGCCACUGGCUUGGCAUCCACUAAGCACUAAGAGGCCAGGCUUGCAAAGUGCUCACCCUUUCCAUUCCUCUGGUCUCCUAAUCUAGCUAUCCCCUCCCACCAAGGGUUAAGGCAUUUGGUUCACAACCAAGUGGUUUGGUGACGUGGGUGAGCUCCAGGCACUGGGGUGAGAUGUCUGUGCAAAAUUACUUGCAGAAUAAUCAUGGGGUAUUGGACUUUCAUUUGUGAAGCAAGAAAGCUAAGGGGGACACAUUCCCUGUCUAGGGAAAAAUGGAGACAAUGUGAGAUGAAGAGAGUGGGACUUGACAGUCAUAAGCCAUGUUUUGUAGACUCCCAUCUGUGGUGAGAUAGUUUCCCACCUCUGCUUAUUGAGGACUUGUGGUUUUCAUGUCUGGGACAACUGUGGCUCUGAGAACAUUGAAUCUUUUCCAAUCUUUAUCUUUACUCCUACAGGAAAUGGCUUUAAUUGCCUUCUUUUUCAGAAUUAAACAAGUAUUAAUUGAGGAAAAAAAAAAACUGGAUCUGGGGGAAGGGCAAUAUUAUGUUAUCAACAAUUGAUGUUCCCCAUUCUGGGGCUGGGAAAUGCUUGUUGAAUCUAGCAGUUUGUAUUAGGAUAGCAAAGACUUUCUCCUUUCUGAGCUAACUAAAUUCUCUUCUGUUUUUCUUCCUUG